AGCUCCUGGUGUGCCCCUUCGCGACACCCCUCUGUUUCAAAACAAAACGCCAGAGAGAACCGUGAGCUCUCGGUCCAAACAAUUUAGACGGAAAGAAUAUGUAAAAGGAAGCUCUUCCUCCGCUCUCCUCAAUUCCCUUUCCUCCCUUCGAUAAACCUACACAAACCAUAUAUAAACAUCAGCCAAGAUGUUUGCCAAACUCACCACCAAGAUCGCCAUGCGCAAAGCUGGUAUCCCCUCGAAUACCUUCUCCAUGCCCGAAACGAAAUCUGGCUCCAACUCCAAAGACGGCGGCGUGGGAAAUGCGGCCUUGCUGCCCGUUAACAAUCCCUUUGCGAAUCUUUCGGUGCCCAAGAGCUGGCAGAGUUGGGCUACGCCUGCGCCGGCGCCUGUGGAGGUUGCGGCCCCGCCUGUUAUUGGGACGAAGGCGCCUGGGAAUGCGACGUUGAGGGUGCCGGGGAAUGAUGGGAGGCCUAGUGUUGUGGUUUUCUUGAGACAUGCGGGGUGUCCUUGUGAGUUUUUAUAUGGUUCUUUUUUUAUUUGAUGUUUUUCGUUAUUGGAAGAAGGGAGUUCAAUUGCAAGUUACUGAUUUCUGGGAUUGAUAGUUGCGGAAAAGACGUUUAUUGAAUUACGAAGACUGGCGAAUAAAUACCCUCGGUUGUCAUUCAUUGGCGUCUCACAUAGCUCCAAAGCAGCUACCGAUCGAUGGGUUACCCAGAUGGGAGGUGCUUGGGCGGUGCAAAUCAUGAUUGAUGAAAGUCGGGAGCUCUACGCCUUAUGGGGGCUUGGAAUCAGUACCACAUACCACUUACUGAAUCCUUGGACGCAAAUGGCUCGUACCAAGUUGGGCAACACGGAGGGAAUCUGGGGUCGUGAAGUAGAUCCUAGUGGGAAUCGAUGGCAGGUUGGGGGAGCGUGGUCGAUUGAUGAGUUAGGAGUUGUGAGAUGGGGUAGUGUGAGUGCUACUGCGGAUGUACAGCCGGAUCUGGUGGAUGCGUGUAAGACUUUGGGUGCGGUAUAAAUACCUUGAAUGGAUCUGGACAUGCAUUUUUGAUUUGGAGUACGGAGUCUUCGUAUACACGGGAAGUUACCAAGCUGAUAUCAAGCAGUGUUUAUAUUUAGAGGGAGAUAUGGUUCAAUUGAAAAUGUAUAACUACGGAAG